UCCAAAGCCUUCUUCUAUCCUCCUUCCCCACUCCCAAAUUCUAAAUUUCCUCCCCGAUCGAAAAGAAAUCCGUUUGUGGCUGAGAUUUCUUCUCGCGUUCGCCAGAGUGAGAGAGAGGCCGUACUCUCGGUUUUAGGUUUGCCGAGGCCGAUAGCUCCCUGUCUAUCCCCGUCUUUCUUCCAACUUAUGAAAAGGGUCUCCCCGCGCGCCAUUGUCUCAAAGCUGUCCGCUCGGGUAAAGAGCGAGCUUUUCUUUCUUUGUUCGAUUCUAUCAUCGGGCUAGCGUUUCUUUUCUGGUUUCUGGCUUCUUCUAUGUGACGCUGUUGUAAUACCAUGGCGCUGCGUUCAGCUUGAUUGGUUUGAUUGUUACUGCGGUGCAAAUUAAUAGAGCUAUGAGGUAUUUUUAUCGCCAAAUGGAGCGGUUGGUGGGAGAUAUGGAGGGAGGAGUACUGCUCUUUGUAGGUGGAUUUGAGUCAAAGGAACAUUUUUGUUUUAGCUUAUGAGAUUCGGCAAUGGAGGCGAUCUCGUCUGGGGAGGAUUUGAUUCUAAAGAGGAGGAAGCCUUAUACCAUCACAAAGCGAAGGGAGAGGUGGACAGAGGAGGAGCAUAACAGGUUUUUGGAAGCUCUGAAACUUUACGGGAGGGCGUGGCAGCGUAUAGAGGAGCAUGUUGGUACAAAAACAGCUGUACAGAUCAGGAGUCAUGCACAAAAGUUCUUCUCAAAGUUGGAAAAAGAAGCCCUCACAGAAGGCAUUCCUCUAGGGCACUCUCAUGACAUAGAAAUCCCACCUCCACGGCCUAAAAGAAAACCAAUAUUCCCAUAUCCUCGGAAAGUUGAUGUUGGUUCUCCUUCUCCAUUUGAGGAAGCAAAGGAUGAAAAAGUGUCAAAUUCUGCUGCUUCUCAAGAGAAGCCUGUUGCGGUAGAAAUGCAACAAAGAACAAAACGGACAUCUGGAGGUGGCAGCUGCUCAGAAGUCUUUAACCUUCUCCAAGAUGUUCCAUCUGCUUCCAUGUCUUUGGCGAACAAGGGCUCUUCAAACAUUUGUACCUUUCAGCAUUAUGUGAAAGAAGUCAAAGAUAAGACUGCACAGAGUGAAACCUCAAAGACUGUUAAAGAUAAUCAUGAGGAGAAGAAAAAAGUAGCAGAUCCCACAGACAUGGAUGUAGGUAGACUCGGCAGAACUUGCUUGCAUUCACAACCAAAAUUUGCCCAUAAAGAGAGGAGAGAUGCAAGAAAGCAGACUGAAAAAUUUGGCCCAUCAUUGGAAGAUAAUCAGCAAGGUGCUCACUGCUACUCAAAGCAUAUUCCAGGGCAAUUCAUAGACAGGAACAGUGCAAAGUGCAAGCAGACUGCAUGUUCUAAUGAAUUUAUCAUGCCAGUGACUAAUCAAGUUGAAGCUCAUGCCGAUGUUAAUCCAUUCAAGAAUCCUAUUACUUCAGCAGGACAUGAAAGCUGCAGCAACCGUACAGUGUCUUCUGCUCAUCAACCAGUUCCAGUGUUCCCACCACCCUUUACCCAAUUUGGCAGCAAUCAAGAUGCUUACAGAUCAUUCCUGUCAUCUGCUUCUUCAAGUCUCAUAUUGUCUGCCUUGUUGCAAAAUCCAUCAACUCAUGCAGGAGCAAGCCUUGCUGCUUCGUUCUGGCAAGCAGUUAAUGCCAAUGCCCCUGUUGACUUAACUGCAGAAAACCUUAAUGGAGGCAUGUCUGAAAAACAAUCAAACCCAUCCCCAAGUAUGGCAGCCCUUGCUGCUGCCACAGUUGCAGCGGCAUCUGCAUGGUGGGCAACCAGUGGAUUGUUGCCAAUGUUUCCUCCCUUUCAACCAAGUUACGCAUUUGCACCGUCAUCCACAGUACCAGUUCCCACAGUGUACAUAGCUCAAGCUCCAGAAGACAAUAAAGAAAAGAAAGAUGGCAGACCUCAAAAUCUUUCGCAGGAAGAUCACCAGAAAAUCAUGGAUCCAGGACACUCUGGGGCUCUGAGAACCACACAGAAGGCUUCUAAAUUGUUACCAUCUUCAGAAUCAGAUUUAGAUGAAAGUGGAAGAGGUGAAAGGUCUCCGUAUGCCAAGCUAAAAUUUUCUGCAGCUGACAAGUUUGAACCAGUAUCAGAUACUGGAUUUCUAGACUCUGACAAAGCACAACAUAAUAAGAAUUCGAAUCGCUCUUCUUAUGGUUCCAACACACUUUCCAGCAGCGAGGUAGAAACUGAAACCAUGAUAAAGAAGCACAAAGAAGUCAAUGAUGAAGCUGAACGAGUCCAUUUAGAAAAUCAUCUGUUUGGUGAGGCUAGCAAUCAUCGACUUCAUAGUAGCAGAGUCACCAAUGGGUCAUGGAAGGAGGACCUUGGAGAGGAUGGACCUGCCUUCCAAGCACACUCUACUAGAGAACUGAUGCCACAAAGAUUUUCACCACUGCAGACUAACGGUGAUGAAAUGCCAAAUUUAUGUAAGGACAAGGAAGUUACUGCGUUGCCAGCUGAUCUCAGCGGGAAGGCAUGCGAAUCAACUAAUAAACUUAACAUUGACAGUGAAGAUAGUUUGGUGAGUGAAAUUGAACAUGGGAAGCUGAAAGCAACUCGAAGAGCAUUUAAACCUUACAGGAGAUGUACGGUGGAAGCCAAGGACAACCAGGCAGCUACUGAUGAAGAGAGAAGUGGCAAGAGAAUACGUAUGGAAGGGUAAGCAAUACCAGUAGCAUGCAUGAAAAACUUAAGAAUAUUCUUGGCAUGUAAUCAUUGGAUUUAAUUUUAUAAGGAUUUGUCAUGCUUUAGUACUUGGACUCGAGCAUCCAUUGCCUCUUGUUGUAAGUGUGGUGUAGCAGAACUUAAUGCAUGGCUAACUACUUAAAA